AGUUUAUUUUUCUAUAGCUGAUUAGAGAUUAGUUUAUUUUCUUCCUACCUCAUUUUAUAUUUGUUAAAUGUUCUCAUGGUCUCUUGGGGGAUCCACUAAAUAUUUGACGAUAUUGAAACGUGAACUUGAUUGCAUAAGGCAGCACAAAUGUUUCUUAAAGAAAAGCAGCGGCAUUAGAAAAAUACAAAGACCACCAAUGGAGCGUAACUGGAAACCACCACUGCAAGAAAGCAGCAACUCUUACCGACUUUUGUCGUAUAAUAUAUUAGCACAGGAGCUAUUGACGGACAACAUGUUUCUCUACUAUGAUAAUGACCCCAAAUUUCUGAGUUGGAAGUACCGAAUUGGCCAGCUUGGCCUGGAAGUAAAUAAACUUCAACCUGACAUAAUGUGCUUGCAAGAAGUGCAACACGUUCAUCUCAAGGAAAUGGUUCGUCUUUUCGGUGCAAGAAAUAGUGGUCCCAUAAAGCUGGAGUAUUUGUUCAAGAAGAGGACUGGAGCUCGCUGCGAUGGCUGUGCCAUACUUUACGAUAAAAGUAAAUUCAAACUAAUUGAGGAUAGCAUUAUUGAAUAUUAUGACGAGGGAUGUAGCAUUUCAAAUAGAGAGAACAUUGCCUUGAUGGCGAAAUUUGCUCUGCGUUCUGAUCCAGCGACUACAUUUGUAGUGGUAACUACACACCUUCUGUACAAUCCACGUAGGCACGAUGUUCGCGUUAGCCAAAUAAGUAAAUUGAUUAGAGGCAUAAUAAAAUUCUCCAAAGACCCCACUAAAGACACCCAUCGACUUCCAGUUAUAUUGACAGGUGAUUUCAAUUGUACACCAGACAGUACCCCUUUUCGCAUGCUAACAACGGAACGCCGAGCUGUGGUCCCAGCAGCUAAAGAAGAGAAAGAGGAACACUUUUUAUUGGAAUCAAUACAUUUUGGAUCCGAUUGUGCCUCCACCUUUCAAAAUCAGUGGAUCGUUGUAGAUUACAUUUUAAAGUCAUGUGCGUUUGGAGGCGAAAAGACCAUACAAAUAAACAGUACCUAUAAUUUACCAAAUGUGAUUUCAUGCCAAUCGUAUGGCAAAAUUCCAAAUAAGAAUUAUGGAUCAGAUCACUUUUCCUUGGCUAUACAGUUCUCGAUUAUUUAGUACUUAGAACAUAAUAAAAUAUAUGUAUAUGCACAUUGACACCA